GUUAAUCAUCAUAAUAAUAAUACAGUUAUAGUAGCUAUGGUGACAUCAUCAUUACCAUGUCAUCACCUCAUUCAAAGAAACCAAGAAAAAAACAAAAGACACAUCUGCAGCCCUGUUGGGCGCUUUAUGGGUGGCUGCUAGCUACUACUACUACUACUGCUGCUGCGUACAAACUACAAAGGUAUUAUUGCCUGGCUGGCAUUGCCUUGCCUUUUCUUCUUCUUCUCUAGGCUCUCUUUUUUCGUUUUCUUUUUCUUCUUCUUC